AUGUUACAAACGGGUUGUGGUAAGGGUUGUGCAUGCAAUGUGUGUGUGGAGAAAAGAGAACAGUUUAAGGAUGUCUUUGCACCGCUUGAUGAAUUUUGUAAAGCGGUGGGUAGUUUUAUGGAAGAUAUAAAUUCUAAAAUGUACCAAACCUUGGAGGGCUUACAAGCGUUAGAACGUUCUGUUAAUGAUUGUCAAAAAUCUGUUGAUGCUUUAAGGUAUGACCGUAUAAGGAGGGUAAAUAUAUUUUAAAAAAGAACACUGAAUUUUUUAUAUCGUCAUUCAUGUUUCAGCAUAUCGUUGAAAUGUCUAGUGUAAAACAGCGUUAUAGCAACAAAUGUUGCGUUACACCUGUGAUGCUACCGACUGUUAGGAGAGCUUAUUAUAUGAAUAAUACAGAUUGUAUAUAUAAUAUAGUUUAUAACGGUGACAUGGCACACAAACACGAUUGUUUGAAUGAUGUUGUGAAAAAGCAGUUGUUUAUUUUGAUACCACAUACGCGUUAUACCAGUUGGGGUCUAUUGAGACCGGGACGAUGUAUUUGUGUUCGCGGGUAAGAAAGAAAUAUUUUUUAAAAAAGGGUGUUUUGUUCAGAAAAUAAAUUAUAUUUUUUAAUUUUAUAGACCCGCCGAUCCCGCUGAUAAGAACUCUGACUAUAUCUUUGAAGUUCCAGAGGAGGAAUAUUUAAGGGCUACAGAAUAUCCCAAUGAAACGAUAGCUUUUUGCGAGCUUCGAAACGUACCCAAGAAAGAUCUCAAGAUUCUCGACCAACUAUCAACGACCCAGUUGGAACCAACAAGCAUAGUUGAGACGGUCGGGGAAUAA